GUUGAAGAGCCUUCAGCCGCUUUUGCUGAUUGCAAAGCUGGUUUAUGACAAUUAUCACUCCUGCAUUUGGACGCAAAGCACCACCAACAUAAUUUCUGAACCAAUGCAAACUGCGACAGUUUCCUUCAAACAUGUACUACGAGACUUAAAUAUUAAUGUACGUUCAGUCUGAACGGCAUUAGUCGGUGCUUUGCAGCGUUAAAGUUCCAAAGAUUUCCAUUUUCUGUGGACAAAAUGAUAGCCUCUCCUAAGCAGCUUUAAAGUUUAGAAAUUUACUCAUACCUUGAAGUUUAAGGCAUGGAAUCACCAACUAAGGAAAUUGAAGAGUUUGAGAGCAACUCCCUGAAAUACCUGCAACCAGAGCAAAUAGAGAAAAUAUGGCUGCGGCUAAGAGGACUGAGAAAAUAUAAGAAAACUUCCCAGAGAUUGCGCUAUUUGGUCAAACAGUUGGAACGGGGUGAAACUUCGGUUGUGGAUCUGAAGAAGAAUUUGGAAUAUGCAGCUUCAGUGCUUGAGACAGUCUACAUUGAUGAGACACGGCGUCUGCUGGAUACAGAAGAUGAGCUCAGUGAUAUCCAGUCUGACUCUAUUCCCUCAGAGGUCCGAGACUGGUUGGCCUCCACGUUCACAAGACAAAUGGGAAUGAUGCUGAAAAGGACCGAGGAGAAGCCAAGAUUCCGCAGCAUUGUCCAUGCAGUGCAAGCUGGGAUAUUUGUUGAAAGAAUGUACCGACGUACUUCAAAUAUGGUUGGACUAAGCUACCCUCCUUCAGUCAUCGAUGUCUUAAAGAACAUUGAUAAAUGGACCUUCAACGUAUUUGCACUGAAUGAGGCCUGUGGAGAACACACACUUAGAUUUGUUGUUUAUGAACUUUUCACCAGAUAUGAUCUCAUCAGUCGCUUCAAGAUUCCUAUUUCUUCCCUUGUGUCAUUAAUUGAAGCCCUGGAAGCUGGAUAUACAAAAUACAAAAAUCCCUAUCAUAAUCUGCUACAUGCAGCAGAUGUUACCCAAACAGUCCAUUCACUUCUGCUGAGAACUGGUGUUGUGCACUGGAUGACUGAACUUGAAAUAUUUGCCAUGAUAUUUGCAGCUGCUAUUCACGACUAUGAACACACUGGAACAACAAACAACUUCCACAUUCAGACCAGAUCUGAUUCAGCUAUCCUGUACAAUGACCGAGCUGUAUUGGAGAGUCAUCACGUCAGCGCAGCUUAUCGUCUGCUGCAGGAGGAUGAGGAGAUGAACAUCCUGUUCAAUCUUUCCAAUGAUGAUUGGAGGGAAUUUCGGACCCUGGUAAUUGAAAUGGUCUUAGCAACCGAUAUGUCUUGCCACUUUCAACAAAUCAAAGCUAUGAAACAUUCCUUGCUACAGCCAGAAGGGAUUGAUAAGCCAAAGGCCCUGUCACUUUUGCUGCACACAGCUGACAUUAGCCAUCCUGCUAAAACUUGGGACAUGCAUUAUCGCUGGACAAUGGCUUUGUUGGAGGAGUUCUUCAGACAGGGUGACAAAGAGGCUGAAUUGGGACUUCCGUUUUCUCCACUCUGUGAUCGUAAUUCAACCAUGGUGGCCCAGUCCCAAAUAGGCUUCAUUGAUUUUAUUGUGGAGCCAACAUUUUCGGUUCUGACUGAUAUAUCUGAAAAGAUUGUAACUCCUCUUAUUGAUGAAGCGUCCCGCCCUGGUGCUUGUGGAUUUCGACCUUGCAGUCUGAAUAGUAUUCCAUCUACUGAUGUGAAACAUUCAAAGCUGAAGCAUACAGGGGCUGAAGGAUGUUCCUCAAUAAACUCUUCCCUGCUUACUGUGGAUUUGAAGAACUUUAAAAGUAGCUGGAAUGAAAUAUUACAACAAAACCGUGAGAAAUGGAAGGCACUGCAUGCGAAAGAUGCUGAAGAAAAAGCAAAAAGAGAAGCUGUAGAAAAGGCUGAACAAGAGUCCAAGGAAGUUGCAAAGAAUGAAAAUACAGAGCAACAUCAUGUUAAUAAAGAACAAAAAGCUGAACAAGAAAGGGGCAGUGAUGAAGAAAAACGCGCAGAAGGUCAUAUUGCUAAUAUUAAUCCUGUUCAGAACUCCAAUAAAGACGCCAAGUCUAACGAGGAAGAAAGCCAUUCUGAAACAGAGGAAAGUGCUGAAAAAGAAACUUCUGAAAGCAGAACACAGCCUAUACAGAAUUGUGAGUUAAGAAAUGUCAAGGCUAAGUCAGAACAAAUUAAGGAUUCCAGUAGGGAAAGUAACCAAUUGGAAGUAAAAGGGUCAGACGUGCAGCCUGCCACUGGAAACUAGCGCCCUCGUGCUUGUUCAGAUUGUCAGUUUUUUUUCCGUACAAAGUCUGGCUGACAGAUGAAAGCUUGAACUGUGUUUCAAGUACUGCUCUUCCCAUUGACCAUUUUAAAAAGACUUACAGCUAAAUUCACUGUUUUUUUUAUUUAAGGUGUUCAUCAUUUUUGUUUAACAUUGCAUUAUUUUUGGAGAGGUAAAAAUAGUUCUCCAUGUUUUUACUUUUUCUUUUAAGUCUGGGCCCUAAUUCUCCCAUUGUAAUAACUGGUGUUUUAAAGUGUUAUCCUGAUGGCAGAUCUUAGGAAUUAAACUUGAAUGCGUAAAUGCUAUGAAGCUAUGUUAGAAAUAUUCAUUGAAUGCUGGUAAAGCACAAAGAGUGGAAUUAAGGAUAGCACAAUGUAACAUUUGUGUGUUAUGCUAUAUUGAUGCUUCUCUGCCAGAAAAAUUUCUUUAGAACCGUACUGUAGCAUAUGUAGGAAUAAAAGAUUCAAGUAGAACCUUUUUUCAUGAAAUAGCACCAUCUUCCUACCAGUUUAAGCUGGAAAUACAAUUUGAUUUACUCUAUUCACUUAUAUAACACUACUAUAUCAUUUUGGAAUCAUUUUGUGUCCUUAUUUGCAAAACUAUAAUUGACUUAUUCAUUUCAUUCCUAAACCCACCACUUCCACCUCUGAUAUCAUCACAUCUCGACUUACUUGCUUUUGAAACCCAUGUCUUUGCAAAUGCUGUCCCACAAGUUUUAGUAAACACAAGAUCAUCCAAAACAUUUCUGCUUGUUUCCUGAUUGGAAAGUCCUGCUCGCCAUUCCUGCUGUGACCUCUGCUCCCAGUUCUGGCAGAAUGCUGAUUUCAGUACUUGUGUCCACCAUGACCUCCCCACCUAUGACCAUUAGGAUCUCUGUACUUCUCAAAUUUUAAUGAUUUAAGCAUAAUUAGGAAUAAAAAAUUGCAGAUGGUGGAAAUCUGAAAUAAAAACAGAAAUUGCUCUAUAAACAUUCAGCAGGAACUGGUUCAGACAAAUGGUCCUGGGCGGGAGGGAACGUUGAUCUGGACCAUGAGAGGCCUGCGCCAGGCAUUUUCAUGCCUUACAAGGCGCAGAUUGGAAGUCUGUGUGGGGCGCCACUCCUCGCAGACACUAGAACAAUGAGUCUUGCUCAAGGACACAAACACGCUGCCACAGCUGAGGCACGAACCAGCGACCUUCAGCUCACUAAACAAACACCUUAACCACUUGGCCAAGCGUCCAACACGUGCCCUGGGUCUACAGUAACUGUUCCUCUUUUCACUGAGUUUGCUGUAUUAAUUAUUCCAUCUGUCUCUGCGGUGUAAGCUGCCAAGACCUAGAACACUACAGUUGUUUUCCUUACCCCACCAAUCCACCCUCCUCUUCUCUAACCCCCCCCCAAAAAUACUUAUAUUAUCAACAUGUUUUUUAUCUGCCCUAUUUAUGUGAUCUGAUGUCUUUGUCACAUUUCACUUGUUAACAUUUCUAUGAAAUAUUUUACAACAUUAAAAGCACUAGAUUAAAGUUGAUGUUCAUAUACAUUAUUUUUGAGAGACAACACACUAACUUUGCAUAAAUGGACUUUGAAUCAUUGUAAUCUCUGAGGUUGAGAUGUAGGAUAAAAUGCUCCAGGAUUUUCACUCAAGGUAUAUCAAAGAAGCCUGAAGAUUGCUACAGGGCAUUUUGUAGAUAACAGUAGUGGAGAAUGUGAAAGUUUUAAAUGCUGGAUGACCUGGUCAUAAAGUGGGCUGGUUUAGAACAUAGAUCAGUAUGCAGCACAGGAACAGGGCUUUUGGCCCACUACAUCUGCACAGAUAAACUAAAUAAUCCCAUCUGCUUUAUCCAUAUCCCUCUGCCUGCUCAUGUGCGUGUCCAGAUGCCCAGGAAACAUUGCAAUUGUAUCUGCCUUUACCACCUUUCCUGGCAGUCUGUUGCAGGCACCUGCCACUAUCUGUGUAAACAGAAGCUUGCCUCGUAAAUCUUUAAAAUUCUGCCCCCGCCCCUUAAACCUAUGCCCUCUAGUAUUUGAUGUGGAUACGUUGGGGGAAAAGGCUCUGAUUAUUUAUCAGAAAUUCUUCUCAGAAUUUUAUAUGCUUCUAUCAGAUCGCUCCUCAGCUUCCAACACUCCACACAAAACUAUCCAAAAUUUGUCUAACCUCUCCCUAUUUAAGCUUUAAUCUGAUUAACCUCUUCUUGUGCCUCACCAAAGCUCCCACCUCCUUCCUAUAGUGUGGUGAGCAGAAAUUGAGACAACACUCCAAAGAUUUAUGCAACUACAACACAAUUUCCCAAUUUUUUAAGUCGCGCACACAGUCUGUUUUCUUUAUCACUCUAUCCACUUGUGUUGUCACUGCAGGGAGCAAAAGGCUUGCACUCCAAGAUCUUUCUGUAAAUCAAUGCUCCUGAGGAUCAUGCCAUUUACUAUAUAGUUUCCCCCUUACAUUUAACCUCCCAAAUGCAUCGCCUCACACUUGGCCAGACUGAGCUCCUCCUGCCAUUUCUCCAACCAGGUUUCCAACUGAUACUGUUCCUGCUAUGUCAUUUGACAACCUUCCUCAAUAUCCUCAACUUCACAAAUGUCCAUAUUGAGUGCAAACUUACUCAUCAAUCUCCUGACAUUUUCAAUCUAAUGAUUUAUAGAUAUAGUAUAUUACAAACAACAGUGGUCCCAGCACUGAUACAUGUCUAACACCACUGGGUACAGACCUGCAGUCAGAAAAAAAUACUCCUUCAUCACAGCACUCCAUCUUUUAUCUUUCAUAACCAACCUAAUUUUGUAUACAAUUUACAGUAGAUCCCAUGUGACUUAAUCUUCUGGAACUUUUCAAAUGUUUUAUUCAAGUCUGUGUACCCUCAUCAAUCACCUUUGUCAAACCUCAGGAAACUCGAUCAAAUUUGUGAGACAGGACCUCAGCUCCACGCCUCCCCACAAAAAAAAGCUUAUACUAACUUUUUCAAAUGGGAGUAAAUCCCGGAUAGCAUCAUGCUGCUUGAGUUUUGACACAAAUGCAGGUAAAUGAAGUGUUUUCCACCAUUCUCCUGAUGAACUCUAUUGAUGGUGAAAAAGAUUUGUGGUAUUGGAAAAUGGGGAAAAAAAACAACAUUCAACUUUUUCUGGCUAGAGUAAUUAUAUGUCAUGUCCAAUUUGAUUUUGGGUCAGCGUUGAGAACAAGAUACUGAUCAGAGUGGGUGUAGUAGUGAGAAAUACUUAGUAUUUCUCAUUAGCUAGCAAAUGUGUGCCCCUGUUAUCGUUCAUAGAGCAAUUGAGCGUUUCUUUCGAGCAAUCCAGUUAGCUCUAUCCCCAUGGCCCUUCAAAUCCAUUUCCACAAGUACUUAUCUAAUUUGCUUUGAAAUCAUUGAUUGUCUCAGCUUUUAUCACCCUCUCAGACAGUGAAAUCCAUAUCACUAUAAUUCACUGUGUAAAAAAAAGUUUCUUCUCAAUUCCCCCCACACCUUAUUGAUUUUACUUAUGAAGCCAAAAAUUGUAUAUACUGUAAUUUGCUAAAUAUGCUCUCAACAUGUCUGCCAUUCUCAAAGAUCGAUGCACUUGAUCUCAGUUUUUGUCAUGAAAUUGGGCAUUCAUGUGUCUUUAUCUUCAUUUUCUAAUUGCUCUUCAUGUAAAGCUAAGUAAUUGUGGCUAUGACAAACUAUUUAGAUCGAGAACACUGAACCAAGUUCCUGACAUGCACAUCUAAAGCAUUUACUAUAGGAUUCUGUGAAGAAAUACAAUUAGUAAAGACAGUUCUCUCUGCAUUUUCCAGGAAAACAAAAUUUUACCUUUUAAAAAAAAUCAUUAUGGAAAAUCAUGAUUUUCUUGGAACAUUCAUUGUCAUUGGAGAAGGUGGCUAGUAAAACAGUACUUCAGCUUAAUUGUUACAUCUGCCUUUUUCCUCAAUGCGCAAUGAAACUGCUUUAACUCAAACUCCAUUGAUUGUAGUUGCCCAAAUACAUAGCAACUCCAUGCCUGAAAUGACCUGGAUCUGUAGGUUGUUUUAGUUACAGCUUGAGAAUAUUAUUCAUACUAAAGUUACAUUGUCUGUUUGUCGUUUGCCAAGAUUGCUUGAUCACCUAUAAUCUUUAGCAUGUCGUUGAUGUAAAUUGUCAAUGUUAACCACUACACUGUAUGUCUUCUACAACAAUAUUCUAAAUAGUAAGUGUGGAUGAUUAACUAGCACUACAUUGCGCAAUACGUGUCAAGACAAUAAGAUUUGCCAUUAACUGCAGAUUCGUCACCACCACCACAGUGAUGUAGAAAUGAUCACUUUCAACUGUAUACUAAUGAAAUGAUUAACAAAGUCUAUAGUAAGGAGACUCUUUUCAAGAUAUUCUACUUUUGUCCAAUAAAUGCUGUUGAACAUUUAAAAUGCAAAACUAGUAAGAAAAUAGAAGCCAACAGUAGACAAUAAGAAUUAAGAUUCUAGUUGGUGCCACACUUAAUUCAUGCAUUCCACUGUUCCAUCUCUGGAUACUGUAAGAAUUAUUAAAAGAUAUCAAUGUUAUUCGUGGACUUAAUGAAGUCAAAAGUAAAAGUAAUGUUUGAAAUCAUACUCCUUGAGGACUUUAGUGAAGAAUACUAAUUUAGUUACUUGCUAAAAUACACAAGUUGUUCCUGUGGUGGAAUGUAGCUGGCUUAAAAUUUUAGGCACAGUAAAAUUUAUCACCUAUCACAACAUUUAUGUGCACUACUUGGUCAGGGACAUAGCACAUUAAUCCCAACAUUAGUGAGUUUGCUUCUGGGUUCUCAUCCUGUGUGUGGAUGCCAUUGGACAAGCCGUAUAGCAUGCAUUUAACAUGUGAUGAUUCUUGUAAGUAAAAGUUUAUUGAUUAGUGCAGCUUUUCAUCGGCCCCGUGCACUCCAUCCAUUCUAAUUCUCAAACUUAACUUGGCAAAUCUCAAACAGCAGCUUGUGUGAUCUCCCUUGAAUUCGACUUUAAGGUCAUGGUCAACCCCACUAAUGCCUGACUCAUAUACCUGACUCAUUUCCUACUGCCAGAGAUGUCCUUUCUGCAACAUUUACAAACCCAGCCUGUACUCAUAUCUUUCUUGCUUUCCACUGCUCCUCAGCAAUACAAGAAAACUUAAGUAAAAUAUGUUCUUUUUCACACUCUGCUUUGAUUACUCAGUUUUACUUCAGAGUAGCAAAUCCACACACAUAGUAACAGUGGCCCUUUUAACCCAUGAAUUCUAAACUAUUAUUCCCCUCAGUUUUAUUGUGAUAUCUUGCAAGUCCUGAUCAAAACCUUAGCUUAAAAACAACAAGCUGAAUUUUAUAUGAACAUCUGAUAAUCGAGAGGAAACACAUACAUGCAGUGGUGUUCUGGAAAAUAUACUGAAGCAGUUUGGAUAUUAUCUAAAACCCUAAUGUUACGCUGUGUUUCCUAAAUGGAAAGAUAGCUAAAAGAAACAUUUCUUUUGUGCUGUUGAUUUGAAGUGAGACAUCCCUGAUAUAAUUAACCAUUUGUUGGGACUUUUCACUCUGAUAUGUAUAAUAGAUAUGUCUGAGUGAAGAUUAAUGGUUGCAUAGUUAUAUUCACUUGGGACUGGAUAAAUAAGUGAUCAUUUAUCUCUCUGAGCAGAUGCACACGAUACAGCAGAAAUGUUAGGAAUUGUUAUAACGAUAUUGUUACAUAGGAUGUUAAUAUUUUUAGCUCUAUUAUAUGUAAAUAGGUUAAGUGUUUGCGUAUUGGAUAAUGUCUUGAUGUUACCACUCCAGUCUUGCAGAUGAUACCAAGACUGGUGGAGUUGUGGUUAGUGUAGAAGACUGAUAAAGAAUACAGCAUGAUAUAGAUUAGUUGCAGAUAUGGGCAGAGAAAUGGCAGAUGGAGUUUAACCCUGAUAACUGCAAGGUGUUGUACAUAAGAAAUAGGAGCAGGAGUAGGCCACUUGACCCGUUGAGCCUGCUCUGCCAUUCAAUAAGAUCAUAGCUGAUCUGACCAUGAACUCAUUUCCACCUACCUGCCUUUUUCCCCAUAACCCUUAAUUCCCCCCUACUAUGCAAAAAUCUAUCCAACCUUGUCUUAAAUAUAUUUACUGAGGUACCCUCCACUGCUUCAUUGGGCAAGGAAUUCCACAGAUUCACCACUGUCUGAGAAAAGCAGUUCUUCCUCAUCUUCAUCCUAAAUUGACCCUCCCAAAUCUUGAGGUUUUGUCCCCUAGUUCUACUCACAAGAGCAAACAAUUUUCCCACCUCUAUCUUAUCUAUGCCUUUCAUAAUUUUAUGUUUCUAUAAGAUCUUCUCUCAUCCUUCCAAAUUUCAGCGAGUACAGUCCCAGGUGACUCAACCUCUCCUCGUAGUCUAAUCCUUCAUCUCUGGAAUCAACCUGGUGAACCUCCUCUGCACCACCUCCAAACCUCCAAAGCCACCUUGGUAGGGCAAAUGCAAGGAGACAGUACUCUGCUAAGGACAAUACCCUUAACAGUGUUGCUGAGCAUGGAGAUCCUGAGGUCGAAGUUCAUGGCUCCAUGAAAGUGGUUCAGAAGGCUUUUGGAAUACUUGCUUUUAUUAGUUGAUGCAUUGAGUUCAAAAGUCAAGGCUUUAUGUUGGAACUUUAUAGAACUUUGGUAAGGCCACAUCUGGAGUAUUACAUACAGUUCUGGUACCCCACCAUAGGAAGGAUGAGGAGGAUUUGGAGAGCGUGCAAAAGAAGUUUACCAGGAUGCUGCCUCGUUUAGGGGGCAUUUGCUAUCGUGAGAGGUUGGACAAACUUGCGUUCUUUUCUUUGGAUCAGUGGAAGCUGAGGGCAGAUCUGAUAAAAGUUUAUAAGAUUAUGAGAGAUAUAGAUAGAGUAGACAGGGUGUAGCUUUUUUCCCUGCGUUGAAAUGUCUAAUAUCAGAGGGCAUGCAUUGAAGGUGAGAGGGGGUAGGUUCAAAGGGAAUAUAGGGGGUAAGUUUUUAAUUCAGAGUGGUGGAUGCAUGGAAUGCACUGCCUGGUGUGGUGGUAGAGGCAAAUACUUUAGAGGGUUUUAAGAGAUAUUUAAAUAGGCACAUGGAUAUAAAGGGGGUGGAGGGACAUGGACAUUGUGAACAGAGGAGGGAUUAGUUUUUGUGGGUUUUUGAUUUACUGUUUAGCUGAUUCAGCACAGCAUUAAGGGCUGAAGAACCAGUUCCUGUGCUUUACUCUUCUAUGUUUUAUAUUCUAAAGUGUGGGAAGUGAGUGGAUUAAAAACAUGGAAUUUUGAUUUGUGAUUAAUGCAAUGGUAUCAUUUUUAUAACUUGUGGUUUAAAAUAUUUUUAAUCAAUUGAUUCUAAAUGAGUAAUGGAGCAUUGGGAAGAUUUGCCAUCAAUCCACCAUAUAUCCAGUGAUUGCACAGAAAUAAUAAGGACUAAUAGACCUUUCUCAUGGAUGAACUCUAAAACUGCACAGGUUAGUUUUCUUUGUGGUCUUUUAAUGCCCAGUUACUGCAAUUCGCUCUUUAGGGAAAGCAAAACCAAGUUGCAUCUUAUUGAGAACAGGAGAACAGUUUUAAUGUUACUUGAGAAACUGUUGGACGACACAAGAUGGCAAUUCAUUCAGCAGCAAAGUUCAAGGAAAAUGCCCACUAUAAGGAAAAUCUGACUUAACUUGGUGUGGUAGCAAAUGUUGAUACUUAUAUGACAGUCUUUCCUUAUUCUGAUAAGUCCUUCAUAGCAUUUGCAAAUUAGUUGCUGAGUUUUACACAAUAAAAUCUUUUUUUAUAUAUAUAAUUUAUCUUCUAUACUGGAUAUAUACUCCAUUUCAAGAUCUUAAGCUAAUUAGAUCUAUUCAACACUCAACACUUACCAGGUUUAUUUUAUAAGUGAACCACUUUAAUGAGUGCAGAUUUGCUCCACAAUUUUGCUUAAGUGCACUUUCAUUUAUCCGCGAUGAUGAAGUGGCAGUGUUUGUAUUUUUGGUAUCUUAGAUAAAUGGAAUGUUGAUAGGGGCUACAGAGGAGUAGCUGCCUGAAAGAACAACAUAUUAAAAUAUCAUAGCCAGUAUGGUAUGUGUGCUUCAAAUCUAAAAGUCUCCUAUAACAUACUACUGGAUGCACCAGUUACGUGUUUGCAGUUUUCCCUUGCUUGAACAGUUCAGAAUUCACUGCUUCAUAUGUAAUGUUAGUUAUCGUAGAAAACAGUUGAAUAGUUCCCCCCCCCCCCCACUGUAAAUCAUAAGGCUGGUGAGAAAUAUGUUCGUUGGCUGUGUAUACCUGUUUGUCAUGCUCAAUAGUUAACAUAUGAAAAACAAGGUCUCGCUCAUUCGACAGAGUAAAAAUGCACAAGGUAAACCCUGCUUAUCGUUCCUGUCUCCACAUUCUCAUAUUGUGUGUCGCAUGUGCAUAUUCAGUCUUGUUCUUCAUGUCAUUCGAUGAUGAAAUUGGAUUCUGAAUGCAUUUCUUUUGUGUGGCUAUCCCAUCGUGUAAUGUGAAAAUAAACUCUGUGGAA